AUGUCUGACCCUAUCGUGCCGCGCUCGAUUGCGAUUCCUCUGCGCUUCUUAUUGCGCUCUGCGCAGGUCGCGUUUGCUGCUAUAAAUGCAGGUCUCGUGGGCUACUUUUUGAAAGCUUAUGAGGGCGAUGGAAUCCUCGGUAGAUGGAUUUACGUCGAAGUUCUCGCUGCUCUCGCGAUUGUCUUCGGUGUCCUAUUGAUGGUGCCGAUUUUGCAUGGCUACUUUGUAUGGCCCAUCGACAUUGCUUUCGGUUUAGCCUGGGUCGCAGCUUUCGGUACCCUGGUCAACGCGCUUGAGGCGACCGAGUGUGGACAGGACAUCACAAACUUGGAGUGCACACAGUGGAAAGUCAAUGAAGCGUUUACAUUUCUGUCGGCAAUUGCUUGGUUGAUCACUGGGUUCGUUGGUCUGUUUUAUGUCUGGCGCGCAGACCAGCAGCGUCUCGGAUACUGGACUGGACGGUAUAAUGUCUAA